AGCAACCUGUACGACCACCGUGCCACGGCCAGAGUCCUGAUGCCCCUCCACUAUGCGCUGGUCUUCACGCUGGGCUUUCUGGGUAACGCCCUGGCUCUGCAUGUAAUCAGACCCAACCUGGCCAAGAUCAACUCCACCACGCUCUACUCUGCCAACCUCGCCAUCUCAGACAUAAUGUUUACACUAUCACUACCGCUGAGGAUAGCCUACUAUGCUUUCGGUUUCCACUGGCCCCUGGGGGAGGGCCUGUGUCAGAUCACCGCGCUGCUCUGCUACGCCAACACCUACGCUGGGGUCAACUUCAUGACCUGCAUGGCCGCGGACCGCUUUGUGGCAGUGGUCCUUCCACGGCGUUACCCCCGGCUGCGCCAGGCCCGGACGGUCCGCUACAUCUGUGUAGGGGUAUGGGUACUAGUUCUGGUCCAGACCUUGCCCCUCUUAUCCAUGAGAAUGACUCGGCUGGAGCUCGACGGAACAACCACUUGUAUGGAGUACCCCAACUUUGAGGACGGGGUCGUGGAGGGGCUCCCCUACAUCCUCAUCAGUGCCGUAGUCAUGGGAUACGGCAUCCCCGUGCUGAUCAUCCUGUGUUGCUACUCUGCGUUGCUAUGGAGGCUGAGGCUGUUGACGGGGAAUGGGAUCACGGGGAAGGGGCAAAGGUCGGGGAGGAACAGGAAGGCAAGCGGGGUGAUCAUGUGGGUGGUGCUUGUGUUCGUGUUGUGUUUCUCGCCGUACCACAUCAACAUCCUGCAGUAUAUGAUCAGGAAGCUGAGAUACUCACCCAAUUGCACAGAGCUGCAGGCCUUUCAGGUCUCCUUGCACAUCACUGUCUGUCUGAUGCACCUGAACACCUGCCUGGACCCCUUCGUCUACUUCUUCGCCUGUAAGGGCUAUAAGAGGAAGGUUCUGAGGAUGAUGAAGUUUCAGCUAAGCACCUCCUUCUCCAGCGUGGUCCGAACCGGGGAGGACGUCGCCUGGAACCGGGGGGAGAGUCUGCACCGGCCCAGGACCAGGAGCCAGAUGAGGAUGAGCAGCCUCGCAGGGGUUCCUGGACCUUCAGAUGAUGCCAUCAAGCAAGAGUCCCCGAACCAACAAUCACCCACCAGACAGGAGCUAUAUCCACCCGAGCUGAGGCAAGAGUUGUUUCAGGCUGAUCAGGUCCAGAGAUAA